AUGCCGGCGGCCUCACUCUCCUCGUCCCUUUCCGCGCAGGGAUUCCACUUCACAUACUCGACGAGGGUCCAUGUCGAGGACGUAUCGGCCGUCGCAAACUGUAGUCUUCAUAUUGUCCAUGUCCUUCCCCCUGAUGUCUAUGCCGAUCAGUACGAGCUUGCUCUGCGUCCUGGUUAUGCGUCCUCUUUGCGCGGAACUUCCGACCUUGAGAGACCCGUUGCAGCGGUCGACAAGAAUGGCUCCGUCUUGCUUAUCGACGUCGAAAUUGUCGAAGACACUCGGUACGAGUACACUGUCGACAUUCCGUUACACGCCAGAUACGGGCACCCUGCCGAAGAAUCUGGUAGACCCUACCACACCAUCAUAUUGCCACCGCCUCUAGGUUUUUGGGCAUGUCCGACGUCAGAGCUCAGUCGUCCAUUUCCCGAGCAGCUGGUACCUCAUGUCUCCCCCGACGCCUUCGCCUUCUCAAGCAUAUCAUUAAUCCCGCAUACACCCUCCGACGAACGUGCCGAAGUUACUAUCCCAGUUGGAAAAUUGGGAGACCUUGCCAUGGUGGACAUUGGCACUGCCGCUGUCAUGCUAAUCAUGUUUUCCUACAUCGUCGUGGUAUCAAUUAGGACUGCACGCCGUCUUCGUCAUGAUGCACACAAAGUGAAAGGGGAUUGA